CGGGCUCUACAAUACCGGUUGGAUACCAAUGAUAUGGCGGACAACGAUUGGAUCGUACACUUGGACGAGGAGACAGUGAUGAGCGCACAGUCCGUUAGGGGUAUCGUUAACUUUGUGGUCGACGGGCAACACGACUUUGGUCAGGGACUCAUCACUUACGCCGACCAACAGGUGGUCAACCCGUGGGUUACGCUUAUGGACGCCCACCGGGUGGCCGACGAUAUGGGAAAAAUGCGUUUUCAACUCCAGUACCUAAACCAAGCGCUUUUCAGUUGGAAAGGCUCGUACAUGGUAUGCCGCGUAAAAGCCGAAUUGGAAGUAUCGUAUGACCACGGGUUGGACGGUUCUGUAGCCGAGGACUGCUAUUUUGCAAUGAGAGCAUUGAUGGGUCGGCACACGUUUGGUUGGAUUGAGGGCCCGAUGUGGGAAAAGUCACCUUUCACCAUUUGGGACUACAUUGAACAGCGUAAACGCUGGAUGCAAGGCAUAUGGCUGGUUGUGCAUUCGCCUAAUAUACCAUGGUCAUGCAAACUGUUGCGCGCCAUGUCAUUUUACGGCUAUAUGACCAUGGCACUGCCAAAAUUGUUAUCACUAUUUCUAUAUUUUAUGCCCCAAUACUCAAUUUCAUGGGUAUCUGUAUUGCAGGCCUUUAUGGAUGCAAACACUAAUUAUAUGUUUAUUUUUGGUACGUAUAAAAUGUUUAACGUACGCAAGGUUGGUGUCAAACGGUAUGUUAUGCUAAUGUUUGGCUCACUAUUUGCUCCAACCGUGUAUUUAAUCGCCGACACAAUAGCCAUACUUUACGGUUUAUUUUCGAAUAAGUAUAAGUUUUAUUUAGUUAAUAAACAUGUCUAA